GAAGAAGAAGAAGAAGAAGAAGAAGAAGAAGAAGAAGAAGAAGAAGAAGAAGAAGAAGAAGAAGAAGAAGAAGAAGAAGAAGAAGAAGAAGAAGAAGAAGAAGAAGAAGAAGAAGAAGAAGAAGAAGAAGAAGAAGAAGAAGAAGAAGAAGAAGAAGAAGAAGAAGAAGAAGAAGAAGAAGAAGAAGAAGAAGAAGAAGAAGAAGAAGAAGAAGAAGAAGAAGAAGAAGAAGAAGAAGAAGAAGAAGAAGAAGAAGAAGAAGAAGAAGAAGAAGAAGAAGAAGAAGAAGAAGAAGAAGAAGAAGAAGAAGAAGAAGAAGAAGAAGAAGAAGAAGAAGAAGAAGAAGAAGAAGAAGAAGAAGAAGAAGAAGAAGAAGAAGAAGAAGAAGAAGAAGAAGAAGAAGAAGAAGAAGAAGAAGAAGAAGAAGAAGAAGAAGAAGAAGAAGAAGAAGAAGAAGAAGAAGAAGAAGAAGAAGAAGAAGAAGAAGAAGAAGAAGAAGAAGAAGAAGAAGAAGAAGAAGAAGAAGAAGAAGAAGAAGAAGAAGAAGAAGAAGAAGAAGAAGAAGAAGAAGAAGAAGAAGAAGAAGAAGAAGAAGAA